AUAGCAGAUAUUCACAAUCUUUAAUCGUCCAGCUGUUUGUUGGCGUGUGACACAGGGGCGGGAUGUUUGAAAGCCAAACUAAUCGUGCUUGACUGAGGCUAUGUGUUACUACCAUAGACUGUAUGGUUACUACAUAGUGACAUUGGUACACCCCUGGAUAUUAAGACGUUGACACUCGUGGAAAACGGUGUAAAGGUCAUUUGCAGCUGACCAUCGUUGGUUCCAGUCUGUGAAGGGAAGAAGUCCAGCCAGCACUCACUUCACUUUUUCUCGAUCACACUCAAGAGGGGCCAGGAUGAGCAAGAAGCUGCUGGUGGACGUGGACUGUGGGGUGGACGAUGCUCAGGCCAUCAUGUUGGGACUGGCUGCCCCCAACGUGGAGAUCCUGGGUGUCACCUGUGUGCAUGGAAACACCACAGUGGAGAACGUGUGUAAGAACACACUGCGCAUUCUUCAAGCCUGCAAUAAACUGGAGAUUCCAGUGUUUAAAGGUGCUGCUAAACCGAUCCUAGGGAACAGUAUCGAUGCGGGACACUUCCACGGGAUGGACGGACUGGGAGACGCUCCUGACCCCAAUGCUCCUGGUCUAGACCUGGUUCAGAAGGAGGGUGCUGUGUCUGCUAUGAUAAGGAUUGUCAAUGAGAACCCAGGAGAGGUAUCUCUGGUUGCCACGGCACCGCUCACCAACCUGGCUUUGGCUGUGAGGAUGGAUCCUUCUCUGCCAAGCAAACUACGAGGGCUCUACAUCAUGGGAGGCAACACUGAAUCUCGAGGGAACACCACAGUGUGUGCCGAGUUCAAUUUUGCAGCUGAUCCAGAAGCAGCUUACAUCGUACUCAACGACUACCAGUGUCCCACCUACUUGGCUUGCUGGGAGUUUACCUGCUACAGCAAACUGUCCUGGGAGUUCUGUGACGCCUGGCUGGCACAGGACACACAAAAAGCUCGCUUCAUGAGACAGAUCUUCCGCCACAGCCUUGAAGCGUCAAAAAGCGAGCGCUUCGAGAAGGAGUUUGUUGGUGGCACGGGUUUGGUGUCCUGUGACUCAUAUGCCAUGGCUGCCGCUGUGGACGAUUCAUUCAUCAUAGAAAGCGACCAUUAUCCAGUUAGCGUAGAGCUAACGGGCACGCACACUAGAGGCAUGAUGGUAGUAGAUACUGUGGACCUCCUGAAGAAGACUCACAAGGCUGUCAUCAUGAAGAAGGUGGACAUGGACAAGUUCGAGCAGAUGAUGAUGGCUGCUUUGAAAUAACAGCUCUGAAUGUAGGGAGGAAACACGAGUGAUCACAGUGUUUCUGUUUUUCCUUCUUUCUCCCGUCCACAUAUUUGACCUCAGUAUGAAGAUUUUCUGUUGAGUUGAUCCUCUGUGAAAACUCACAAAUGUUAAUGUUUCUAAAAAUGUUUUGUGUUUUUACUUAUAACAUGUUCUUUUUAACAAGUAGACCAUUGUGAAACUGCCUUCAAACUGUCAGUUUAUACUGACUAAAGGAGGAAAGGAUUCAUUUUGUACACUGUAGUAUUAACGGCUAUAGAAAACUUACUACUGUAUAUGUGAACCUCAACUGUAGGAUAACAAAAAAUCUUAUAUUUAAGUGAGAUGUUUUCAAGCUAG